CCGGCGCGGUUAAUGUUUAAUGCCCGUCCAGACGCAUCUUCAAGUGGAGCAGCUGGGUGCGGGGACGGGGAAGGUGGCCGUGGCUAUGUGGCCGGAGAGUGAGGGUGGAAGCAGUCAAGAGGCCAUGGACCCCUUUCACUAUGACUAUGAGACCGUCCGCAAAGGGGGCCUGAUCUUCGCUGGCCUGGCCUUCAUUGUAGGGCUGCUCAUCCUGCUCAGUAAACGAUUCCGCUGUGGGGGCGGCAAAAAGCACCGGCAGGUCAGCCAAGAUGAGCUGUGAGGACAGAGCUCACCGUGCUCACCGGGCUGCGGACGCCGCCUGUCCCUCUGCUCCCACGGCAGCCAGCCCUCGGCAGGACGCUAAAGGAGGUGUCAAGUUCACCAUGAGGACGUCUGUCCUUCUGCUGCCUCCCUCCUGUAACUGCCCCGCCCGCUUCUUCCCGUCCAAGUACAAGAUGGUGGGGUCU